AUGUUUAAAGAGGACGGCAAAGUCGAUCUGGCAUCACUUGCGCAGUUUCCGCGCUACGAAGAGUGGCUUCGACUCGACGAAGAGUAUCAAGUGUACCGGAAUGAUUUGUGCAUGCUGAUUCCGCAGCUCAUGGACGAGAUUGCAAAGCAUGUCACGGCGACAUCGGUCGACGUUGUGACGGCGUCGUGGAAGACCAACGGCGAGUAUAUCAAGGAGCGCGAAGUCAGCGACGCCAUCUUGAACCACAUUGAUUGUUGGUUUGGCCACAUUGAAAGGGCAAUGGUGUAG